AAAGGGGGCGGGGCUUGAGGAGCGAGUCAACAUGCUGGCGGUGUGACUUGUGAUCUGCGCGCAGGCGGACUCGAACACCGACCCACAGGCUGCAGGAUGGAGCGAGGCGACCGCGAGAGCACCUGGAACUUUCUGUCCCGAAACAAAGCGUCGAGCGGCAAAGACGACAAGCCGCCGCGCAGCAGCUGGAUGUUCCGGAGGAUGGCGCGGAGGGGACCCGCCGUCUUGGACCGGGUCAUCUCCAUCUCGCAGCCCGACCUCGUCUUCUCUGCACGCCGCGACGAGGAGCCCGAAGAGCGGACCCGGUGCGGGAGCGGCGCCGACAAGUCUGCGGUGGCCCACUUGGUUCUGUCCCAUCACAAGAGCUCCUCUCUCGGUUCUGCUGGCCUUGAGGGACUGAAGGGAUCAGCGGGAGGAGGAGAGGAGGCGACGACAACAACUGGAGAACAGCUGGAAGAACAACAUGGAGCUGCGGGUCUGGGCACCGCUCUGGCCUCCUCGGGGGUCCCGCCCGAGCGGGCCGGACUGUACAAGCUGGAGGUGGACCUGCGCCGAGGACACAACCUGGCGGUCCGCGACAGGAGAGGCAGCAGCGACCCGUACGUCAAGUUGAAGAUAGCGGGCAAGGAGGUGUUCCGCAGCAGGACCGUCCACAAGAACCUGAACCCGGUGUGGGAGGAGAAGACCACGGUGCUGGUGGACGACCUGAGUGAGCCCCUCUACGUCAAGGUCUUCGACUAUGACUUUGGACUGCAGGACGACUUCAUGGGCUCGGCUCAAGUCCAACUGGACUCUCUGGAGCUGCAGAGGACCACACCUCUGACGCUGGUCCUGAAGGAUCCGCUGCACCCGGACGAGUACCUGGGCACGCUGGACCUGGCCGUCACGCUGACGCCUAAAGACAGUCCGCUGGAGGAGCGGCGAGACUCCAUGUGUGACACCGGUCGUUUCAGACCUUUUGUUUACAAAACCAUGCUGCUCAGGAGGUCCUGGAAGAGAUCCACCAAGCAACAGCAGUCGUUGCGUCUCUCUGAGCUCCAUCGCAAGGGUCAGCUGUGGCGAGGCAUCGUCAGCAUCGCUCUCAUCGAGGGUCGGGACCUGGUGCCCAUGGACCCAAACGGACUGAGCGACCCGUUCGUGAAGUUCCGCCUGGGCCAGCAGAAGUACCGCAGCAAGACGGUGCCCAAGACGCUGAGUCCACAGUGGCGGGAGCAGUUUGAUCUGCACGUGUUCGAGGAGAGCGGCGGCGUGCUGGAGGUCAGCGUGUGGGACUACGAUACCGCACGCAGGGACGACUUCAUCGGGCGAUGCCAGCUGGACCUGUCCUCGCUGGAGAAAGAAAGAACUCACCUGCUGGAGCUGGCCCUGGAGGAGUCCCGGGGCCACCUGGUGCUGCUGGUCACGCUGACGGCCUCCACGCACAUCUCCAUCGCCGACCUCGCCGUCACGCCACUGGACGACCCGCAGGAGCGCGGACAGAUCCUCCAGCGAUACGGGGCGCUGAAGUCCUUCUCCAACAUGAAGGACGUGGGCAUCGUGCAGGUCAAGGUGCUGCGAGCCGAGGACCUCAUGGCCGCAGACAUGACCGGGAAGAGCGACCCCUUCUGUGUCCUGGAGCUCAACAACGACCGGCUGCAGACUCACACCGUCUACAAGAACCUCAACCCCGAGUGGAACAAAGUCUUCACCUUUAACGUGAAGGACAUACACUCUGUGCUGGAAGUCACCGUGUUGGACGAGGACAGAGACCGGAGCGCAGACUUCCUGGGGAAAGUGGCCAUACCUCUGUUACAUGUCAACAACGGCCAGCAGAAGCCGUACAUCUUGAAGGACAAAGAGCUGAAGGUUGCCACAAAAGGCCAGGUCUUCCUGGAAAUAGACCUGGUCUACAACACGGUCAAGGCGGCGUUGAGGACGGUGACCCCCGCCGAGCAGAAGUUCAUCAAAGAAGAGCCCAAAGUCUCCGUAAACAUGCUGCGUCAGAACUUCACGCGUGUAAGGAGGAGCGUCAUGGUGGUCCUCAGCUGGGGGGCUUACAUCAAUAGCUGCUUUGAGUGGGAGUCAUCGCAGAGGAGCGUCAUCUCCUUCCUGCUCUUCGUGGUGGGGGUGUGGCACUUUGAGCUCUUCAUGCUGCCGCUGGCGUUGCUGCUGCUGCUGGUCUGGGGCUUCUUCUUCUCCUCGGGGAGCCGAGACACGUCCGUGGACGCCAUGUGGGAGUGGGACGACGACGACGUCGACGACAAGGAUGCUGAGCCACGAGGCUUCAUGGACAAACUGUACGCCGUCCAGGACAUCUUGAUCAGCGUGCAGAACAUGCUGGACCAGGCGGCGUCCUUCGCUGAGAGGCUCAAGAACGUGCUAAACUGGACCGUGCCUUUCCUGAGCUGCUUGGCCAUCGCCGCCCUGUGUUUGGCGACGCUGUUGCUCUACCUCGUCCCGCUGCGCUACGUCGUGCUAGCAUGGGGGGUGAACAAGUUCACCAAGAAGCUGCGCGACCCCUACAUGAUCAACAACAACGAGCUGCUGGACUUCCUGUCCCGCGUGCCGUCCGACGUCCAGGUGAUGCAGUAUCGCCAGCUGAAGGUGGACUCAAGUCAAAGUCCCAACAAGCGCCGGAGGACCAACCCAAGCUAGCUAACGCAAAGCUAGAAAAACCAAGACUGUUUAUUUAUAUCAGGGAUCUUCAACGUUUUCCAGGCCAAGGACCCUGAAAUCACUCCACUUAUACAUCUUGUAUAACACUGUGAUUUAAAUCAAAGACGUCCAAAAGUUACCUGGUUAUCGUGCAAUAGCGCCCCCUAAUUGCGAGCAAGCAUGCUAAUUACAGCGCUAAUUGUUAGCUAUCUUAAUUGCAAACAUGAAUAUAAUAAUGGGAUUAUUUAUUCACGUUUUUGCUUCAAACCUGCAAGGCACAGUGAGAAAGGUGGUCCUCUCACUGUCCGAAGUGUGUAGGAUCAGUGUUAAAGUACGUCUAAAGACUGCAACAAUUGAAAGGAAAAAUAUAACAAAACUACUUGAGGCAAUUCCGGAUGGAAUUGUGUGUGAAUGCUCCAAUGUUGAAGUUGAACUGAAAUCCUGGAAUGUUUUUUUUUUAAUUGUUGAAGUAGAACAUACGAUUCCCCAAACAGGCUGAAUGUUUGGAAGUUGGAACAGUUUGAAUCAGAUGAAAAAUGUGGAAGUUGUGGAACUUUGAAGAAUUUCCCAUUGAUUUCAAUGGGAAUUUACAAAAAAUCUGGGAAUUUCGGGAACUUGAAUGGUCUAAAUGAGUUGAAAUGGUUGGUGUUGGAAUUUUUCAAAUUGGUUGAGAAAUGUUGAAGUAGUAACAUGUUGAAUUGAGAAAUGGUAUCCUGGAAUUUUGGGAAAACCGUGAAUUUUUCUAGUUCAAAAAACAACUUUGUUUGUUUGUCCUGAUCAAGAGGAAUUUUUUGACGUUAGAAGGGUUUAAGUGCGUUGAAAAAUGUGGAAGGAGUAGUCGCCAGAAAAAAAGGGUGGAAAUAGGGUUUUGGAAAACCAGGAAUUCUGGAAAAUCCUGGAAUUAUUUUGAACUUGGAAAAAAAAGGCACUUUGAAUUCCCAGGAUGGUGGAAUGUGUUGAAGGUGGAGUGGUUUGAAUGCGUUGAAAAAUGUGGAAAUGGUGGAAGUUUGAAAAAUGUCCCGGGAAACCUGGAAUUCUGGGAAUUUUGGGAAUUUGUCAGGGAAACGCCCACAAUUCCCGAAUAGGCUGAAUGGGUUGAAGUGUGAACACUUUGAAUCAGAUGAAAAAUGUGGGAGUUGUGGAACUAUGAAGAAUGUCCCAUUGAUUUCAAUGGGAAUUAAACAAAAAAUUCGGGAAUUUCAGAAAAAGCAGGAAUUUAUUUGAAAAUGGUAAAAAAAAACAAAAAAACUUGAAUGGUCUAAGUGAGUUGAAAUCUUUGGUGUUGGAUUUUUUCAAAUUGGUUGAGAAACGUUGAAGUAGUAACAUGUUGAAUUGAGAAAUGGUAUCCUGGAAUUUUGGGAAAACCGUGAAUUUUUCUAGUUCAAAAAACAACUUUGUUUGUCCUGAUCAAGAGGAAUUUUUUGACGUUAGAAGGGUUGAAGUGCAUUGAAAAAUGUGGAAGGAGUAGUCGCCAGAAAAAAAGGGUGGAAAUAGGGUUUUGGAAAAUCAUGAAUUCUGGAAAAUCCUGGAAUUAUUUUGAACUUGGAAAAAAAAGGCACUUUGAAUUCCCAGGAUGUUGGAAUGUGUUGAAGGUGGAGUGGUUUGAAUUGUUUGAAAAAUGUGGAAAUGGUGGAAGUUUGAAAAAUUUCCCGGGAAACCUGGAAUUCUGGGAAUUUUUGGAAUUUGUCAGGGGAACGCCCACAAUUCCCGAAUAGGCUGAAUAGGUUGAAGUGUGAACACUUUGAAUCAGAUGAAAUAUGUGGGAGUUGUGGAACUAUGAAGAAUGUCCCAUUGAUUUCAACGGGAAUUUCCCAAAAAAUCAGGAAUUUUGGGAAAAGAAGGAAUUUAUUUGAAAAUGGUUAAAAAAAAAAAAACACUUGAAUGGUCUAAAUGAGUUGAAAUGGUUGGUGUUGGAAUUUUUCAAAUUGGUUGAGAAAUGUUGAAGUAGUAACAUGUUGAAUUGAGAAAUGGUAUCCUGGAAUUUCGGGAAAACCGGGAAUUUUUCGAGUUCGAAAAACAACUUAGUUUUUUUGUCCUGAUCAAGAGGAAUUUUUUGACGUUAGAAGGGUUGAAGUGCAUUGAAAAAUGUGGAAGGAGUAGUCGCCAGAAAAAAAGGGUGGAAAUAGGGUUUUGGAAAACCAGGAAUUCUGGAAAAUCCUGGAAUUAUUUUGAACUUGGAAAAAAAAGGCACUUUGAAUUCCCAGGAUGGUGGAAUGUGUUGAAGGUGGAGUGGUUUGAAUUGUUUGAAAAAUGUGGAAAUGGUGGAAGUUGGAAAAAUGUCCCGGGAAACCUGGAAUUCUGGGAAUUUUGGGAAUUUGUCAGGGGAACGCCCACGAUUCCCGAAUAGGCUGAACAGUUUGAAUUUGGAGUGGUUUCAAUCGGAUUGAAAAUGUGGGAGUUGUGUAACUAUUUCAAUGGGAAUUUCGGGAGAAGCGGGAAUUUAUUUGAAAAUGGUAAAAAAAAAAAAAACCUGAAUGGUCCGAAUGAGUUGAAAUGGUUGGUGUUGGAAUUUUUCAAAUCGGUUGAGAAAUGUUGAAGUAGUAACAUGUUGAAUUGAGAAAUGGUAUCACGGAAUUCCUGGAAUUUUGGGAAAACCGGGAAUUUUUCAAGUUCAAAAAAACAACUUUGUUUGUUCGUCCUGAUUAAGAGGAAUGUUUUGAUGGUGGAACGGUGCGUUGAAAAAUGUGGAAGGAGUAGUCGCCAGAAAAAAAAGUGGAAAUAGGGAAAACCAGGAGUGCUGGAAAAUCCUGGAAGUAUUUUGACCUUGGAAAAAGGGUAUUUUCAAUUUCCAGGAUGGUGGAAUGUGUUGAAGGUGCAGUGGUUUGAAUGCGUUGAAAAAUGUGGAAAUGGUGGAACUUUGAAAAAUGUUCCGAAAAACCUGGAAUUGUGGGAAAUCUGGGAAUUUUGGGAAUUUUUCAAGAGAAAGCCUGCGAUUCCCGAAUAGGCUGAACAGUUUGAAGUUGGAACGCUUUGAAUCGGAUUGAAAAUGUGGGAGUUGUGGAACUAUGAAGAAUGUCCCAUUGAUUUCAACGGGAAUUUCCCAAAAAAUCGGGAAUUUCGGGAAAAGAAGGAAUUUAUUUGAAAAUGGUAAAAAACUUGAAUGGUCUGAAUGAGUUGAAAUGGUUGGCGUUGGAAUUUUUCAAAUCGGUCGAAAAAGUAGUAACAUGUUGAAUUGAGAAAUGGUAUCACGGAAUUCCUGGAAUUUCGGGAAAACCGGGAGUUUUUCCAGUUCGAAAAAACAACUUUGUUUGUUCGUCCUGAUCAAGAGGAAUGUUUUGACGGUGGAACGGUGCGUUGAAAAAUGUGGAAGGAGUAGUCGCCAGAAAAAACGGUGGAAAUAGGGCUUUGGAAAACCAGGAGUGCUGGAAAAUCCUGGAAGUAUUUUGACCUUGGAAAAAGGGGAUUAUAAAUUUCCAGAAUGGUGGAAUGUGUUGAAGGUGAAAUGAUUUGAAUUAGUUAAAAAAUGUGGAAAUGGUGGAAGUUUGAAAAAUGUCCCGAAAAACCUGGAAUUCUGGGAAAUUCGGAAUUUUUGGAAUUUGUCAAAGGAAAGCCUGCGAUUCCCGAAUAGGCUGAAAAGUUUGAAGUUGGAACGCUUUGAAUCGGGUGGAAAAAGUGUGAGGUAGAGCGUGCCAAAAUCUGGAGAAGACGAAGAAAUAGGUGAAUUUUGCUGUAGAAAAGCAAAUGUGUGAAUGUUUUGGAGCAUUCACACUACAAAAUAUUUCAAACGGAGCCCCCUUUAAAGACCUCUGGAUGACGUCAUCGAUGUAGUUUCAUUCAUGGUGAAGCAGCUGUUUUGGAACCUUUUCACGUUGUUGACGCAUGUGACGUCACGGUAGCACGGUUGACCCGGUGAACUUUUUUACUUAGCAUGUGCUGGCGUUUAAGAAGAGUUGCCAUGGUAACCAGCGCAGCUGCCAUCCUGCUCUAUGUUGCGCAGGGAGAUCACGUGACGUCUUGCUGCAUGAGUACAUAUGCAAAAAAAAAGAGGAAUGUGCGCAUGUGUGGACUUUUUUAUAUUUGUUUGUCAGUGACGUCAUCAGUGAUGUAAAAGUUGCAUUACGGGUUUUUAAUGCAAUAAAAAGUGAAUACUGA